AUGAUACUACGAGACGACAGUGUGGCCUGCGGGCCAACCUACGACCGUCGACCUACAGUACUGACAGCAUCACCCUUCUAUCUCAACCCUUUCUUUUCAGCACCAUCCCUCUACCUACUUGGUAGGUUAGCUCCAUCGAACGGCUAUGGGCAGAUGGGCUCUUCGUCAAUGGCGGCGGAGGAGAGUGGCCUGGUGGACAGGCUCCAGAAUUCGGAAAGGACAGGUCAAUCUACGAAGAACAGAUCGAAGGGUCUAAGAAAAGUUUUAAGCCGAGAGUCAAGAGACAAAAACCGACGAGACGAAAUGAUAAGGCGACAAAUUGUGGGGCUUUGGGUGUAA